UGCCACAGUGCAGCUCUCAGUGAGAGGAGCUGCCAAAUCGCACCGACACCCCUGUAGUGCGACUGGCAGCAUCACCCACUUGCCUGCAAUGGCGUUGAAGCGGCUCUAGUGUGUCCAGACGUUUCUGUAGUGGCGAAUCUGCCCGGGACGAUUUACGAGUGUGGGAUAGAAAUGUUUUUUUCCCCCCCCGAAAGGUUUUGCAACGAGAGCAUCCAUAUUUUUGCACGAGUUUACCUUCUGGAUUACAGUGUAUUUACAUCACGCGUCAAUCGAAGCCCGAGCCAUGAAUGUGUGAAUGGGCCUAGAGGAACUUCCGCUGGAUCAGAUUAGGCAGCGCUGCGACGUCAUCAUGCUGAAGACGGAGGCCUCGGGGGAGAGGACCAGCCUCCGGAGUGCUUCCCCCCACCGCAAUGCCUACCGGGCUGAGUUUCAGGCACUCAAGAAGGCCUUUGACCAGCCUCGGAUUGAUGGAGACUCCAAGCCCAAAGACCUCGAACGGGUGAAACAACCGAGGGGCCGCCAGUAUGGCAGCCAUGUCAGUCGCAUUAAGGACAUGUUCAUGCAGAUGGGCUCGGAAAAUCCCUCAGCUAAGGCCAGUGGUCGUGAUGAUUCCUCGCCACAAAAGUUGGUCAAGCCCACCAACUUCAUCAACAAGGCUGAUGGAUCAGUGAUAAAGCUUCAGCAUUCCUCUUCAACUGACAGGAUUGGAGGUGCUGGAGCAAAGUUCUCUGAAACCAGGAAGUUGUUUGAGCAGCAAUCACGUGACCAGUCCCAAUCACCAGUCUUUCCAUACGGACGUGAUAAAAGAGGUUCCCAUGAGCAUCUCGAUGACUGGCGAGGUGCAAGGUCCAAUCGAGGCAGCACAGACUCCUUGGACUCACUUUGCUCCAGAACAGAGGCGUCCUCACCGACGGUUAGUCAACUCAGUGCUGUUUUUGAAAAUGCAGACCACCACAACCAAGGUGCGCCCUGCAGAGGAGUCAGCAGACGGGCCCUCUACUCACCAGAUGGAUUCCAGCGACAUGGAGGUGACCUCAGUGAAGAUGAUUCAAGACAAUCUCCAGUUCGUGGAAGCUACCGGAGCAAGAUAGGGGGAAAGUUUCCCACAUCCUCGUCUUCUGAGGACCUUCUGAGCCCCAGUCCUGGGACGGAGACAUCGGAGCUGAAACCAGUACCACAAGAGAAAGGAGCCCAAGACAAAGAAGACAAGGUUGGGACUAUGGGUGGAGAUAGGCGGCGUCUUUCCGGGGUCACCACCAACGGAAGCCAGGUCAAUGGUUCUUGUGAAGAAGAGGAGAAAUCUUCAGUAAUGAAAAAACUUAUUGAUGAUCUAGGGGUGUCCAAAGCUUCCAAACCUACAGAUGAUGCUGUUCUUAUCGACAAAGCUCUUGAAGAUGCAACCCCUGAGCCACUGCCGACCCUAACUACACCUGCCGGGGAAAGCCAGGAGGAUGGGGAUGGUUCAAGAGAAGACAAGCCCUCUGACUCUCCCAAGGCCCAGGUGGAAGAACCCGACGAGGAAUACUCUGGGAAUGAGCGGGUGAUUUUUAAUGCAGACGGGGAUGCCUGUUACCAGGGUUGGGGGGAAAGCUGCACGGAUCCUGAGGAUGACCUCUACGGAGAUGAUGAGGAUAUUGUCUACGACCCGGGCUCUGACCUGACAGAGAUUCCUGGUUUACCGCAUGAAAACAAAGAGGACAUCCCUCCAAAGAGGAAGAUUCGCUUCAGCACUUCUCCCAUUACGGUGUUCAACACCUACUCCAACGAGGACUAUGACCGACGUAACGAAGAGGUGGAUCCUGUGGCCUCCUCCGCAGAAUACGAGCUGGAGAAGAGGGUGGAGAAACUGGAGCUCUUCCCUGUGGAGCUGGAGAAAGAUGAAGACGGUCUGGGGAUCAGUAUCAUCGGGAUGGGUGUUGGUGCUGACGCAGGCCUGGAGAAGCUGGGCAUCUUCGUCAAAACCGUCAUCGAGGGCGGAGCUGCUGAGAGAGACGACAGGAUCAAGGUGAAUGACCAGAUCGUGGAGGUGGAUGGGACCAGUCUGGUGGGCGUCACCCAGAGCUUUGCUGCCUCCGUCCUCAGGAACACAUCAGGAGUGGUCAGGUUUGUGAUUGGCCGAGAGCGUCCGGGCCAGCAGAGUGAGGUGGCCUCGCUCAUCCAGCAGACCCUGGAGCAAGAGAGGAGACAAAGAGAGCUGCUGGAGCAGCAGUAUGCCCACUAUGAUGCUGAUGAUGACGAGCAGACGGGAGAGUACGCCACAGAUGAGGAGGAGGCGGGGACAACGGUGGCAGACGGGGAGAAGAGCAUCGAGGUGUUUGACUUGCCGGAGACAGAGGACAUCUUGUCUCCCUCGGAGUUAGACGCCACUAAACUCUACCAGAAGUUUAGAGAGCUCCAGAUCAAACACACAGUGACCGAGGCCGAGAUCCAGAAGCUCAAAAACAAGUUGGCGUCAGUGGAGAGGGAGAAGCAGCGCUGGGAGAAGGAGAAGACCCAGCUGAAGGCUAGCAUUGAGGAGAACAAGGAGAGGAUGUUGAAGUUGGAGAGCUACUGGAUUGAAGCGCAGACCCUCUGCCACACGGUCAACGAACACCUGAAGGAGGCCCAGGCACAGUACCAAGCUCUAGAGAAGAAGUACAACAAAGCCAAGAAACUCAUCAAAGACUUCCAGCAGAAAGAGGUGGAGUUUAUCCAGAAGGAGGAUGCGGAGAGGAGGCGGCUGGAGGAGGCUGAGAAAGCCCACCUGGCUGAGAUCCAGGGACUGCAAGUCAGGAUUGCAACUUUAGAGUCGGAGCUAAUGCAGCUGAUGAAGCAGAACGGCAUCCAGGUCAACAACAACAACAGCAACAGUGCUGAGAGGCUCAGCGUUCCGCAGCACAGCCCUAAAAGGGCUGCAGCACAAGCCAUAGACCUGAGGGACAGCUCUCCCCACUCACCAAGUAAAAAGAAAAGCUACAGAGGAGUCGCCCGAGACAGCUUCAGCUCCACAGAGGGAGAGGUCUUGGAGGGGCAUGGCAGUCCAACCCACAGUCGUUCUGGUUCAAUCCGUAGCGCGGCUUCCUGUGAUGGAGGAGCUGCAGUCCUCAGGGGCCUUGGCAGUGCAGAAAGCUCCCCCAGACAAACACUGCCCUCACCGUCAUUAGCAGGAGCCCUCCAGGACGGUUCUGAGCCUCCUGCACUGUCGAGCCCCUCUCACAGUCUGGAGGAACACAGACAUGUUCUGGACCCUGGGUCCUCCCUCAGGAAAACUAAAGUGAAGGACAAAGAUCCCAGAGCUUCACCUGGAAACAGCUCCAUAGAGCCGUCAACAGAGGACAAUCCAGAAAAACUCAAGGCCAAGUUACAUGAGGGACCCUCUUUGAAUGAUGAUCUGAGUGCCAGCAGCAGCAGCUCAGUGGAGAUCAGCGGCCUGCUGAGUGAAGCCAAGAUGUCGGGACGCUCACACGCCCUCGUGCUCUCUUCAGAUGAGAGUCUGGAUAUGAUAGACGAUGAGAUCCUGGACGAGGGACAGUUUCUGAAGCAGCAUCAGUGGCAGAACCGCAGCAUACCAGAGUGGACCUCCCAGCAAGUGGCCCGCUGGCUCAUGGGCCUCAACUUGGAGCACCAUAUCCCAGAAUUCACUGCCCAAAACAUAGAUGGAGAACAACUGCUUCAGCUGGAGAGCGCUGAGCUCAAGGCCCUUGGAGUUGCUUCUUCUCAGGACCGCGCCCUGAUCAAGAAAAAGAUCAAAGACCUUAAAGUUCUGAUGGAGAAGGCCAAGAGGAACCGAGAGAAAGUGGAGAAACAGCGUGAGAAGCUACGGAAGAGAGAGCUGGAGCAGCAGAAAGAGGCGCGCAAAGAAAGCGCGGCAUAGUGAGUGAAUUGUUAGAUCACCUCCCGCUUUACUGUAGCACCACACCAAGUAGCAUCUUGCGGAACAGAACUUCAGUGAGCCCUGAGGGACGCCUACUGGGUAGUUCAAUAGUUGUCAGUGGUGGAGCUACACAACCAACUGUUGGAGAUUGCUGAUUGACUUUUUCACCAAGCAGAUUAAACCAAAAUGAGCAGAUGGGUAAUAGGAUGCUGACCCAUUAAUUUGCCUCAUUUUACACCCAUCCCGUGUUUUUAGCCAAUUAAGAAUUUAUUCAGUUGUAUUUAUUUUGCUGUUUAUAGCUGUAAAUUGGGUUUAUUUAUUCAUAUCCGGAAUAAGUCUGUGAAAAGUCAACCUCAUCCUCAUCCCGUAUCAUCUUCAGAGCCGUCUGUGUUACCAUCACAGGACAUUUAGACAUGACGACCAUGUACAUGUACAGUGAUAAAUACAGAUACAAAUAUGUCUGAUGUGCCAUUUUGAUAGAAUUAUGUGUAACCUGUUCACAGACAUAAAUCGCGUUAUUUCUUUGACGAAGCACAUACAGGUCAGGCCUGUGUGGUGGACUAAAUGAGGCAGUAUUCAUAUCCCACCACUGGGUGUCACCAUGCUGCUUACUUUCACUACUGAAGAAGUAAACACUGGAACUGAAGUGGGAACCGACUUUCAUUGGGAGAAACAAACUCUCUCAGUACUUGCAAGAACACUGGAAGUGCAAACACUGUAAAUGUAACCUUACUGGCUUGUCCAAUGCUCCUUACAGUAUACAUGUACCAUGUACCAUACUAAGCAGUUGACAAAGUAUGAAUGAAGACAAGGACAUACAGUAUUCACUGGACUAGUUCUAAUGGAGACUUCAGGUACAAUGUAAUCAUGAAAUUUGUAACUUACCAAACCCAUACCACAAAAACAAAAAAGUUAAAAUGACACUUCCUGCUUAUAUGCAUAAUGUUGCUUUGACUUCGCUUGUAACCUGCUUUUGACCUCUUUUUUUAUAUUCUCUCUCAAUAACAAAGUAAUACCCCGCUGCUGCCUUUAGAAAUUCUAUAGUAGUAGAAUUUUUCUGAACUCUGCCCGCUUCUGUGUGAGUGUCAAAACACAUACAGUAGACAUUUCUAAUUUUGUUUUGUUUUUUCAUAACAAUUACAGGUCAAAGUUCACCGUGCAAAUUACUUUGGAAUAUCCUGAAUAAUGUGUAGGAAUGCUGCCAUAUACAUAAGGACAGAGUCCAGAAAUUGUCUUAUUAAAGAUUAUUGUACCUGAUACUACUGAUGUUACACUGGAAUUUGCAUCUGAUAGAUGCAAUAUAGUUAAGAUUUUCUUAUGAAGCUUCAGUAAGACAUUUUGAUUUACUUGUUAGAUUAAAAAAAAACAUUUUGAAAUUAUUUUGACACAUGCAUUUUAUGCAAUUCUUGUUUUAGGAUUAUGAAGCUCACUGAGAGACAUGUUCCCUGUGUUACUUCUUUAUCAUUCCCAAGAAUCAUUCCGUAGGUUUACAUUAAAUAUAGACACCAGUGUCACCGUCAGAGAUAUAGGCAGCUGUGGUUACGAUUUCCUUUUGUCUUAAGGGCCCUGCCUGGUGCACUGUUAACAGGUUGAGAACAAGAAGAAUAAUAAUGGGGGUUACAGAUACCUCCAUGCAGUGCCACAGUAAUACAGGUGUCACUGAUCUGAUAAUGCUAUUAUUUAUUUAUUUCUGUAUUUAAUGAAGCAACUGACCACUGUUUAUGAUAACUUAUACAAAAAUAAGAGUAUUAUUAACACUUAAUAAUGAUUUAUCCAGAAUUGUAUGAUUACUUCCUAUUGCCAAAACAUAAUUAAAACUGUUCAUUAAAAAUUAUUUAGAUUCAAAUGGUUGUUAUCAAAUGAAGGAUUCAAAGCUUGGAAAUGCAAAGCGAGAAGACAACACAGUAAUGCUCUCCCAUCGUGCUUGCGGUUUUCCUCUAAUUCAACCGUAGUGCUGCUCCAGUGCUACUCCAAUGAAUCAUGAUGUGUUCUUAUGACAUAUUUUGUAACACCUGAACCUUUCUGUGAAUACCGCCCUCCUCUGUCAAGUCGGUCAGCUGACUGCACUCUUUUGACUCUUUUGUAUGUAUAGUAAAACACUGAGAGCAAUACGCUGUAAGAAUCCUAAAGAAGCCUUGUUUUCUAUCGUGUCAGUGUGUGUGCACAGUUUGUCUGAGGGCUGAGGAGACUAAAAGGGCAGACCUGCAGCCCAAGUAUGAUUCUGGAUCUUUUCUAUGUGCUUGACUGAGCCUGCCUGGCAUGAUGAAACCAGCGUAUGGAUGAGACCCUGGUGCUCCUGGCAGGCGAAAACACAAACGUCUGAGUCAUGUCUGGAAGGGUUUGUCUUUCGUGCAAGGAGCAAAAGAUAAUCACAACAAACUGCUAGCCAUGCUUUCACUCUUUUAAAAAAAAGCUGUGCUUAUUCUUCUCCUCAUCCUCCUCUUUUUGUCAUUACCUUGCUCUCUUUUUCGCAUUCUGAAAAUUUUGAAAGGGCAGCUACCUGUCACACUGAAUAAAAUGUGCAGUCACUGUC